AUGGCAAGUGUCAUCUACCCGACUUAUCCCUCUCCGAGCCUAUACACUGACAUCGCACAGUCUUCAGGUGUAGGAGUAAACAGCGAAUGCACGGAGCAGUACCAAGCGUUGAAGCUCAAGAAGUCAUUCAAAUAUAUCAUCUACGGACUGAAUUCUAGCAAUACCGAGAUCACCGUUCUGAAAACCUCACCUUCGGACAGCUAUGACGACUUCAUUGCUGAUCUACCGGAAACCGAGUGCAGAUGGGUAGUGUACGAUUUGGAGUACGAGACAGAGGGAAACCACAAGGCGAAUAAGGUAGUCUUUAUCUCAUGGUCACCGGAAUAUGCAAAGAUCAAGCAGAAGAUGCUAUAUGCCUCGGCCGGAGAUGCACUCCGCAGAGAACUAAGUGGCAUAGCAGCUCAGAUAUCUGCCACAGAAUACAAUGAGGUUGCCUAUGAAGCUGGUACUUUGUCGAUAAAGCAAGCAGGGGAGGAAGGUAGCAAGGGAGAACUUGGAACAUCAGCCUUCUCGCACCCGCCCUAG